AUGGCUCCUCGAGGAAAAGGGCGUCAGUCAAGGAAAACCAGUGGUGUUUCAUCAAGAAUACAACCGUAUUCAAUGCCAGUGACGCGAUCACGUUCAAUUCCGACACCCGUACAGGGAGUUAUGAACGGCACUCCUAACGGGAGUGGAGUAAUGAACACACAAACGCAACCGAUCGAGAAUGAGGCAACGACAACAAAUGCGACCUUCUUGGAGCUGAGGCUUUUACAUUGCAUCCCUAUUGGUCUAGUGGAGAAGAAAUAUUCUACAAAAGAGCGGCUUAACGUCCACCUGUCCUCUUCUCGUGAUUCCGAAACACCAAGUAUUAAUGGACUCAUUAACAAGGAGGACUUUUCACUCACGUAUGUGGAAGUAGACGUUGCUAUUGCCGCGAUCAAUAAAGCUGGUGCUGGAGCCAUGUUAUGCAAAACAGACAUUGUAGACGCAUUUAAGCUCAUUCCGAUCCACCCCUAUUUGUGGCAUUUAUAUGGAAUUUAUUGGCAGCUAUCAUACUUUGCGCGUCUGGCCUUUGGUUGUCAUUCAAGUCCUAAGAUUUUUGAUCACUUGUCAUCUGCGAUUUGUUGGAUCGCAGAAAACAACUAUGGUAUCAAGACUAUUUUCCAUUUGCUGGACGACUUCCUCACCGUUGACUUGCCAAAUGCCGAAGCAGAAAGAACCAUGGCUGUCUUGACUUUGAUUUUUAAACGUCUAGGCAUACCACUAGCACCUCACAAAACAGUAGGCCCUAGCUGCACAAUCGAGUAUUUAGGAAUCAACACAUGCAUGCACGGCUCCCAUGGACAAAUUAGCUCGCAUCCGAGAAAUGUUACUUACAUUUAUCAACCACAAAACUUGCACAAAGUGCAACCUUUUGAGUCUGUUAGGCCAUUUGUUACUGGUAGAACUUUUAUUUCUCGUCUCAUCGAACUUUCAAAGGGGGUCAAGUGCUUUCAUCACUUCGUCACCUUGUCUACAGAGGCCAAGCAGGACUUAUUUAUGUGGCAAAGGUUGCUGGCUAACUGGAAUGGCAUUUCCAUGUUCUUAGAUGUACAUACAACACCAUCAUCCAGUAUGGAGCUUUUCACUGAUGCCAGUGGUGUUGGUUAUGGGGGCUACUAUCAAGGUCAAUGGUUUCAAGCCCCCUGGUCCAAUGAGCUUCUUCUGGAGAAUGACCCAACACAGGAAUUAUAUCCUAUUGUUGCUGCUUGCUUCCUUUGGGGAAAACACUGGUGCUGUAAGCGAGUGUUAUUUCAUUGUGACAAUCUAGCAGUGGUGAACAUUAUUAACAAGUCACUAGCUAUAAUGAAACUCAUGCACCGCCUAGUCAUUCUAGCAGCCACUGAUAGCUUCACUUUCCAGGCAGAACAUAUACAUUAA